UCCCUCCCACCAAACAAUUUCAAGCAGCAGCCGCGUGCCAGCGAUCAAACCAACACAGUACACAUUCUCUCGACGUCUUACCAUUGCCUUGCCGCCUCUGUUUCCUCAGCUCACUCUAAUUCGGCGAUUCCUAAUGUUGUGAGUUGGGUACCGCGCGCAAUCUUCAACUGGCGGCGGUAAAGUCUUCUAUCUACUUCUCUCCAUGCCUCCUAUAUGCUUGUGAAAAUUACCCAUUUGCAAAAUCUUAGUGAUUCACACGAAAGUUGGCAACUUCAUGAUUUAGAGGCAAGAUGAUUUCAUCCUUCCUAUGACCUGACGUUGGAAUCUGCUCGCAACUACGUUACCCAGGUUGGAUUGUGGGUUUAAUUUCAUUAGUCUUGUUCUAGUUGUGGACGAUAUGCUUGAACGAUGGUUACCUCUCAAAUACCGUCUUUACUAUUCUCCGUCAGUUGACAAUUUAGGGGAAACAAUGCUCUGAAAAGGAAGAAAAAACCUGUACGGCAUGUGUUUUUAUAGUCAGUAUCGCGUGGAUAUCCCUUGGAGUUUUGGAGAUCCAACCAUGUAAGCUUGAUCAAUGAAAGUGACCAGAAGUGUCCUAUUUUUCUGGAGAUUGCGGACAUUUCCCUAUGUCUUGAGAGUGAUGCGAAGAAACAGAGAUAAGUAUCAUUGUGACUCUCUUCCAUAUGCUGGAUCUCUUUGCUCUUUCUUCUCCACAAAUGCUCUGCAACUCGAAUCAGAUUUCAUUGGGGUUGAGAAGGAAGAGAGGGAUUUUGAUCUUUUGGUCCGGUCUCACACAAAAAUGGAUCAUGCUAAUUGUCAUCAUGCUCAGCUUUUAGUAUCAGGGAAAGCUCAAAAUAAGUUCUUCUCCACCAGACUAGUGAAUCUUUAUUUACAUCUUGGUGACGUCUUCUUAUCUCGAUGCACCUUCAAUUGGAUCCCAAAGAAAGAUAUCUUCGUAUGGAACUGUAUGAUGUCUGCUUAUGUCCGUUAUGGUUUUUUCAGUGCCGCUAUAGAUUGUUACCGCAAGUUUCUUCUAUCCUCUGAUCUUCGACCUGAUUUUUAUACUUUUCCUCCGCUGCUGAAAGCUUGUGGAAAUGUAUUGGAAGGAAAAAGGUUCCAUUGCUCAAUUAUGAAGCUGGGUUUUCAAUCUGACGUAUUCGUUGCCGCUUCCUUGGUACACAUGUAUGCUCGACAUGGCUACUUAGGUGUUGCUCGUCAGGUCUUCGAUGAUAUGCCAUUCCGAGAUACGGGCUCAUGGAAUGCAAUGAUUUCUGGGUAUUGUCAGAAUGGGAAUGCAGCUGAAGCACUGGAUAUUUUGUCUGCUAUGAGGUCGCAGGGAAUAAAGAUGGAUUCUAUAACUGUAUGCAGUCUCCUUGCAAUUUGUGCUCAGUUUAAUGAUUCAUUGAGUGGGAUAUUGAUUCAUCUAUAUAUCAUUAAGCAUGGGUUGGAAUUUGAUUUAUUUGUGAAUAACGCUCUAAUAAACAUGUAUGCUAAGUUCAGUAAGUUGGGAGAUGCCCAACAAAUAUUUGAGAGCAUGGUUGUAAAAGAUGUAGUCUCAUGGAACUCAAUUAUUGCCUCAUAUGAGCAGAAUAAUGAUCCAGUUACUGCGUGUUUGUUUUUUAAAGAGAUGCAGUCAACUGGUUUAAAGCCUGAUUUGUUGACAGUAGUUAGUUUAGCUUCAAGCUUUGCUCAGGUAAAUGAUUUGCGAAAUAGCAAGUCUCUUCACUGUUUCACUCUCAGGAGGGGUUGGCUUUUGGAGGAUGUAGUACUUGGAAAUGCAGUUGUGGACAUGUAUGCGAAACUGGGCUAUGUAGAUUAUGCACUUCAAGUGUUUGAAGAACUCCCUGCCAAAGAUGUUAUUUCAUGGAACACUUUAAUUACAGGUUACGCUCAGAAUGGUCUUGCAAGUGAAGCAAUUGAAGCAUAUCACCUGAUGGGAGAGUGUGAAGACAUAACUCCAAAUGAAGGAACUUGGGUGAGUAUUCUAACAGCUUGUGCUAGCGCAGGAGCUCUGAAAGAAGGCAUGAGAAUUCAUGCGCUCAUUGUUAGAAAUGGCCUUAUAGCAGAUGUCUUUGUGGGGACCUGCCUUAUCGACAUGUAUGGAAAAUGCGGGAGACUUGAUGAUGCGAUGUCAUUGUUCUACGACAUUCCAAGAAAUACUUCAGUCCCAUGGAAUGCCAUCAUAUCUGGCCAUGGUCUUCAUGGGCAUGGUGGCAAAGCUUUAAAAUUAUUUGAACAAAUGCAAAAAGAGGGAGUUGAGCCAGAUCAUAUAACCUUUGUAUCCUUAUUGUCUGCUUGCAGCCAUGCUGGUUUGGUUGAUGAGGGUCAAUGUAGCUUUCAGGUGAUGCAGGAAAAGUAUAAGAUUAAACCAGGUUUAAAGCAUUAUGGCUGCAUGGUUGAUUUGCUUGCUAGAGCUGGUUUGAUAGAAAAGGCGUAUGAUUUUAUCCAAAACAUGCCUAUACGUCCUGAUGCUUCUGUAUGGGGUGCUCUUCUUGGUGCAUGUAGAAUACAUGGAAAUGCUGAAUUGGGGACCUUAGCUUCGGACCGCUUGUUUGAGGUUGAUCCGGAGAAUGUUGGUUAUUACGUUCUAUUGUCUAAUAUUUAUGCCAAUGCUGGAAAAUGGGAUGUAAUGGGUGAAGUCAGAUCAUAUGCCAGAGACAGGGGCUUGAGGAAAACUCCUGGUUGGAGUUCAAUCGAAGUGAAUAAUGCUUUUGAUGUCUUUUACACUGGCAACCAAACCCAUCCAAAAUAUGAGGAGAUCUAUAAUGAAUUGAGGAUUCUGACUGCAAAAAUGAAAACCCUGGGUUACAUUCCUGAUUAUAGAUAUGUGUUGCAAGAUGUCGAGGAUGACGAAAAGGAGGAUAUUCUUACAAGUCACAGUGAGCGAUUGGCCAUUGCAUUCGGAAUCAUCAGCACCGUUCCUAAAUUUCCACUUCGAAUCUUCAAGAACCUGCGUGUUUGUGGUGAUUGCCACAUUGCCACUAAGCUCAUAUCUGUGAUUACAGAGAGGGAAAUUAUUGUGAGAGAUUCAAACCGUUUCCAUCACUUCAAGGAUGGAAUUUGUUCAUGUGGAGAUUACUGGUGAAGUGAAUUAUUGUUGUUGCUAUUUGGUUUGGUCAACUCUCUCAUGAAUAUUUGAGAAUGCUAUGUUUCGAAACUAUACAUGCAAAAUGCCUCCUUUGACAACGCGGUAGUGUACAUCGUCUAGAAUGAUAUGAAGUGGAAUUUCUGAUUA